CGUAGCGUCGCGGCGACGUAGCGGUUAGCCGGCAGCCAGUGAGUGCCGCGCGCUCGCGGGGACGGACGUGUCGCCCUGCGUACUGAGCGCUCUCGUGUGUGUGACUUACGCGGUGCUAGUGUUAACGCGCUCCUUCUACUAUAGUACGCAUAUUAUAGUAUUGUUCGAGUGACGCUUCGUUCAAGCAUGCUGAUGGUACAGACCAACACACAACCCAUGAAGAACAACAAGAUCAAAGGACCACCACCGGUGCCUCCGCGCCCCAACCAGAGCGUGGUAGCGGAGGCACUGGCAAAAACAAGGAAGGCCGUGGCGGACUCUAAGGCCAGCUUUACGAAAUCGCGUGCCUUCUCCAAACAAGACAACCACUACACAUCAAAAGCAAAAACUUUGGAUAGGGCUAAUACUGUCAGUGAAUCAACAGUGUCACCCAAACAAAAUGGAUUAGCAAGGGUCAAGUCGUUCAUUAGAGAUGUGAUCAGCGACCGAAGUUCUUCGUCUGAUGAGAGAAAAUCCAGUGGUCAGAAUUCACGAAGAAGCUCCAGCGACAGCAGUUCUAUUCCAACUCCAACAUCGAAUAAAAAGUCGAAUGAAUCGCUCAACUCUAAAGCAGUCAAAACAUGCAGACAGAUAUUAGUAAGAUCACUCUCAACAUCGAACAAGUUAGAUCAAGACUCGAAAUGCAAAGUAUCAAAGUCAUCCAGUUUUGCAGAGAAGACACUACCAUUACGAAAAGCACCUCCGCCACCGCUGUCUCCAAAACCUAAGUUAAAGCCAAUGAAACCCUUGUCUAUAAAUAAAAGUCCUGUACAUAGCAGUAAGUCCAAGAUCUCACCAGAAAUAAGUCCGUAUUCGUCUCCUAUAGACGCGAAGCCCCCGCAGUGUCCAGUAUCUGAAGCACCAUAUGCAUCAGUGGAAGAAGUUCAGGAGUUCGAUGAUCGACUACGGAACAGUCCUUCGAAACAAAUAAAAACGCCGCCGGUUACACCAACCGAGUCAGGAAGUCCGAAAGUUGACGAUAGUGUAAAUAAAAAUAACAACUCGCUGGAAAGAAAAACAUCGCGAGUCACAGAAAUGUUAAUUUCGGAGAUCAUUGCUAGUAGAAAUAAUAAUAAAGACGAAGCUCACACUGUUAUAGAUAAAGGGAAAGAUGGUCUGACUAACGGCAACCAUUCUCCAGAAAUGGAAAUGAUGAAGGACAUGAACAACCACGAGAUGUUGAUAUACGAGUUGCAGACGAUGCGCUCGCAAUCCAACGUACCUGAAACUUUGGACGCCCCUGAGUACGCUGAAGCAAACGGACAAUGUGACUCCGAGGACUCUGAACAGAACUACGCCAUGUCUUCAGUAACGAGCGGGAAUACGGACGAUGAUCAGGCUUAUGCGUACAUACUCGACGAUGACCUCAAGUCUAGACUUCGUAAGCAGUUCCGCGCAAUCAGCACCAUGUCACUGCAAGGUCUGCCUCCCCUGCCGAAGAGUCUCAGUGGCUUCGCAGACGGGGAACCCGAGCUGCAGGAUACUCCCUCCCCGCCGUCGGACAAACCCCCCACGGAUCUCGACUCACAACUCGCUUAUCUCAAGAAAGAAAUGGCGAGUCUACGGCAGCUGGAUUUAUCCCUCCUCUCCGAGCUAUGGACGCUGAGCGAAGCUAUGGCAUCGUGGCGACGGCAGCUCGAACGAGGACCGCGCCUCCGUCCCGCGCCCCCGCCACCGCCGCCGCCUCACUACCUUCGGACAUAACCACCCCGAAGGAAAAUCUACUAAACAUUAGUUGACACUUGACGUCUGACAACUGUCACUUGCACUGCCCACUCGAUAUGAAGAUGCGUAGGGUCACGUCCCUUUUAGGGUGCGUUCUCAAUUUGUCACGAUAAAAAUCGUGUCGUGCCCCUCCAAGGGUGCGUUCACACUUCAUCAUUUUCAUCACUAUCGGCUUGUUUAAAUGGAGGUGGUCACAAUGAAGGUUGGAUAGCCCAACAUUUUUUGCAGUGACGAAAGAUUGUCCUGUUAAUGUUAAAAUAAGUUGUCGUCCAACAAAUUAUAAUAAAAUUAGCGUCACGAUAUAGACACCAGUCUAACCAAGGGGUAUCGGGUUGCCCGGGUAACUGGGUUGAGGAGGUCAGAUAGGCAGUCGCUUCUUGUAAAGCACUGGUACUCAGCUGAAUCCGGUUAGACUGGAAGCCGACCCCAACAUGAUUGGGAAAAGGCUCGGAGGAUGAUGAUAUCGUCACAAUAUACAGGGUUAUUGGUAAAACACUAACAACCUUGCAGGACUGUAUUACUAACAUCAUAAACUACAACUUUUGUUCUAUGACUUUUUAUAAAACAUAAUACAUUUGCCAAAAACAAACCUACAAGAUUUCAUUGGUCUAUCUAACACAUUUCAACUCUAUUUUGCUAUAGUGAUAAAAUUUGCACGCCCCUACCAUUUCUUCUCCAACAA